AUGACAAGAAGAUAUUGGAACAUUAAUUUGGAAGAGAUGAUGGAAGCAGGAGUUCAUUUUGGUCAUGGUACUAGGAAAUGGAAUCCUAGAAUGGCACCUUACAUCUCUGCAAAGCGUAAAGGUAUUCAUAUUAUAAAUCUUACUAGAACUGCUCGCUUUUUAUCAGAAGCUUGUGAUUUAGUUUUUGAUGCAGCAAGUAAGGGAAAGCAAUUCUUAAUAGUUGGUACCAAAAAUAAAGCAGUUGAUUUAGUAGCAUCGGCUGCAAUAAGGGCUCGGUGUCAUUAUGUUAAUAAAAAAUGGCUCGGUGGUAUGUUAACGAAUUGGUCCACUACAGAAACGAGACUUCAUAAGUUCAGGGAUUUGAGAGCGGAACAAAAGAAGGGAAGACUCAACCGCCUUCCAAAACGAGAUGCAGCAAUGUUGAAGAGACAAUUAUAUCACUUGCAAACAUAUCUGGGUGGGAUCAAAUAUAUGACGGGGUUACCCGAUAUUGUAAUCAUCGUUGAUCAGCAAGAAGAAUAUACGGCUCUUCGAGAAUGUGUAACUUUGGGAAUUCCAACGAUUUGUUUAAUCGAUACAAAUUGUGACCCGGAUCUCGCAGAUAUUUCGAUUCCAGCCAAUGAUGACGCUAUAGCUUCAAUCCGAUUAAUCCUUAACAAAUUAGUAUUCGCUAUUUGUGAGGGCCGUUCUAGCUAUAUCCCAAAUCGUUGA